AUGGCAUGUGGGGUUAUGGCAAUUUUUGGUCAACUGCCAAAACAACUGGAAAAAUUAAAAUUUUACCCUAUCUACUGGAAAGAAUAUUGUACAGCUGCAUCACAUGUCAUAGUUUCACAUAUGAAAACUACUUGCUCCAGAGCUGCCCAGAUCAGCUACAAACACCAGUACCCUGCCAGCACGUUCCAAAGUGUACCUGCACCAGCUCAAUCCGCCCUCGAGGCGACAUCGGAACUUGAAGCUAGAAGUUGGCGCCAGGCUAGCAACAGGCUAGAAGCAGAGAGACAGGGGACACGUGACAAACGCGAACGUGGUAUUGCUUGGUUUGGCCUGCUCGAUACGACCAACAUCCCCCAAUUAACGUCGAUCCAGCGCAAGUCGCUGCCGACGUGCACGCUCUCUCUCGCUAGUGUCUCUGCUCAUACCGGGAAACAUCGCAUGGCGGUUGAUCUGCCUCACCACGCUUGUGUUCAAGCCAACGUCGUUCCGUUUCCUUCUUCUGUUGCUGCUGCAGGCGGGGGUACUCAUGCGCUAUUACGCUCGUCACCAACCCUCCCCUCCGCCAACUACGCCAACACCACCACCACGGAAAUGCCCUCGCCCGACGACGGUGUCCAAGUCGAUCUUGAAGCCCACCACUACGCCUCUGCCCGGAGGAAGAGAUGGAUCCGUUUUUGA